CACUAGAACACUGAGCGUCUCUUCCGGGCGCUCACUCGGCAGCUGGCUCAGAAUCAGCUCCUCCCUCCUGUGUGGUGGCUUUUCCGACCAAAAGCUCCUCAGACGUGAACAGUUUCGCUGAGGAGCACUUUACUCCCCCCUCAGCCCUUUCCCCCCGCUGCUUCCCCCCCUCCUUGGAAAAACAUCCAGGCGGACAACCGAGGCGUCACUUUCUGCAUAGCGACCUGAGUGAGAGGAGUUGAGGUGUCGGAUAAUCAGGUCUCCAGUCGUCCUUCACCCGGAUCUCUGUCAGCGAUGGAGACUCGGGCUGGCACCCGCCCAGGCUCGCGCAUCUCCCUGGGUCUCUGGCUGCUGAUCACCGCUCAUGCCCUCCAACACGCCAGGGCGGAGAUAAGUUGCGGAUCUUGCCCGUCGCCUGUUCAACUUCACCGGGAGGAGCUGCAGCUGGCGCCGGGGGUGCGCUCCGACCCCGCGGAGGAGGCGGUUGAGGUCAGGGAACCCCGGGUUACCGGUCGGGAAUCUGGGAUGCUUGCUACUUCUGUCCCUAAUUUUAGUUUGGAUGAAGUUAAACCAGCCGAUUCCGAGCCUGGGGUGGCUGAGGAUGCUGCGCUCUGGAGAGCCAAGAGGAGCGCUCCAGACUUUAACGAGUUCAGCGACAGCGACUGGACCAGCCGGACCGCGCAGCUGGAUAGCCACAAAGCUGACCGGUCGGAAUUCGGGUGGAACAGGCAGGAUGGGAGAGGAAAUACCCGGCAGGAUGAGCCCAGACUCAACAGCAGCACCUUCGCUCUCACUGGGGACUCGGCGCACAACCACGCCGUGGUCUACUGGACCGGACAAAACAGCAGCGUCAUCCUUAUUCUUACCAAACUCUAUGACUUUCACAUCGGCAGCGUCACUGAGAGCACUCUCUGGAGAUCUACAGACUACGGAUCAACAUAUGAGAGGAUGAACGACAAAAUCGGGUCCAAGGCCGUCCUCAGUUACCUUUACGUUUGCCCAACCAAUAAAAGGAAGAUUAUGGUCCUGACUGAUCCGGAGUUUGAGAGCAGCGUGCUCAUCAGCACUGAUGAGGGAGCCAGUUUCCAGAAGUACCGGCUCUCCUUCUUCGUCCUGAGCCUUUUAUUCCACCCCACAGAGGAGGACUGGGCCUUGGCCUACAGCCACGACCAGAAGUUGUACAGCUCAGUCGACUUUGGAAGGAAAUGGAUGCUCAUCCACGAACACGUCACCCCGAACAGAUUCUACUGGUCUGUUUCUGGACUGGACAAAGAACCAGAUCUGGUCCACAUGGAGGCUCACACUCCGGAUGGAAAUGUGCAGUAUGUCACAUGCAGAGCUCAGAUGUGCUCCGAAGCCAACCGGAAUUAUCCGUUCCCGGGAUACAUCGACAUCAGCUCUCUGGUGGUUCAAGACGACUACAUUUUCAUACAGGUUCCCACCUCUGGACGAGCCACUUAUUACGUCUCCUACAAGAGAGAAGCUUUCAUACAAAUCAAACUGCCAAAAUACUCCCUGCCUAAGGAUUUGCACAUCGUCAGCACCGACGGGAAGCAGGUCUUUGCAGCAGUGCAGGAGUGGAACCAGAACGACACCUACAAUCUCUACCUGUCUGACACCAGAGGGAUCUUCUUCACCUUGGCCAUGGAAAAUGUCAAGACAACCAGGGGCAUCGCUGGGAACCAGAUGUUGGACCUGUAUGAGGUGGCUGGAAUCAAAGGGAUGCUAAUCGCAAACAAGAAGCAGGACAACCAGGUGAAGACCUACAUCACCUACAACAAAGGCCGGGACUGGAGGCUCCUGCAGGCGCCGACUGCAGACCUGGAUGGAAACAACAUCCACUGCAUCCUGCCGUCUUGUUCCCUUCAUCUCCAACUGCAAGCGUCAGAGAACCCGUACGUGUCGGGAACGAUCUCCACCAAGAGCUCUGCUCCGGGGAUCAUCGUUGCCACAGGAAACAUUGGAGCAGAGCUGUCUUAUAACAACGUCGGCAUGUUCGUAUCAUCGGAUGCAGGGAACAACUGGAGACCGAUUUUUGAAGAAGAGCACAAUAUCUGGUUCCUGGACGCAGGAGGCGCCCUCGUUGCGGUGAAGCAGCCGUCUGUGCCAACUAAACAUCUCUGGGUCAGCUUUGAUGAAGGGAGGCAGUGGACCCAGCACAGCUUCUCCUCGGCGCUGCUGUUUGUGGACGGAGUGUUGGUGGAGGCCGGCGCAGACAACCAGAUCAUGACCUUCUUUGGACACUUCAGCCACCGCUCUGAGUGGCAGCUCAUCAAGAUAGACUACAAGUCCAUCUUCAGCAGGAAGUGCACCGAGGAAGACUACCAAACCUGGCACCUGCACAACAAGGGCGAGCCGUGUGUAAUGGGUCAGAAGCAGAUUUACAUGAAGCGCCGGCCUGGAAACUACUGCAUGCUGGGAAGGGACUACUCCAGAAUCCUCUCAGCUGAAUCCUGUAUUUGCCGAGCUCAUGAUUUUGAAUGCGAUUAUGGAUACGAGCGGCGGAACGACGGGAACUGCCGGCCGGCCUUCUGGUUCAAUCCGUCCUCUGUGUCCAGAAGCUGCAGCCAGGGUCAGAACUACUUCAACAGCACAGGGUACCGUAAAGUGGUGCUGAACAACUGCACCAAGGGCGUGAAGGAGAUGUACACGGCCAGGAAGCAGCAGUGCCCCAACAGGCCCCCAAAAGGACUCAGCCUGGCCACCAAAGACGGGAAAGUCACCGCCAACAUGGGCAGCAACGUCACCUUCGUGGUGCACCUGGACGAGGGAGACUCUUUGAGGACGAACAUCCAGCUGGACUUUGGCGAUGGCACAGCGGUGUCCUACUCCAACCUGAGCUGGACGGAGGAGGGAAUAAAACACGUCUACAAGUCAGCGGGAAUAUUCCGAGUCACGGCGCUGGCAGAGAACACGCUGGGCUCCGACACCACUACGCUGUACCUGCACGUCACGUGUCCGGUGGAGCACGUCCAGCUCCUUGCUCCCUUCGUGGUGAUCAGAAACAAGGAGGUGAACAUCACCGCGGUGGUCCUGCCCAGCCAAUCACGCACCGUCACCUACUUCUGGUGGCUUGGCAACAACACAGAGCCGGUGAUAACUCUGGAUGGCAGCAUCUCAUACACCUUCAGGAGUGAAGGAAUGACCAGCAUCACAGUUCAGGUGGCAGCAGCUAACGCCAUCCUGCAGGACACCAAGAGCAUCGCGGUCAAAGAAUUCUUCAAAUCUCUGCUUUUAUCUUUCUCCCCGAACUUGGACGAGUUCAACCCCGACAUACCCGAGUGGAGGCAGGAUGUGGGCAGAGUAAUUAAGAAGGCUCUGCUACAAGUGUCAGACUUCCCAGAGGAUCAGCUCUUGGUCGCCGUUUUUCCAGGACUUCCAACAGCUGCAGAACUUUUCCUGCUACCCAACAAGAACCAGUCUGAGGGCAAGAAGAGGAGUGAGGAAGAGCUAGAGAAGGCGUCCAGCGUCAUCGUAAGCGCACUGAACCAAAACCUUGUGGAGUUUGAGCUGAAGCCCGGCGUCAGAGUCAUCGUCUACAACACACAGCUAACGCUGGCGCCGCUGGUGGACUCCAGUCCCAGACACAGCAGCUCUGCGAUGCUCAUGCUCCUCUCGGUGGUGUUCCUGGGCCUCGCCGUCUUCCUCAUCUACAAGUUUAAGAGAAAAAUACCUUGGAUCAACAUAUACGCUGAGGUGAACCAGGAGAAGGAGCAGGAGAUGAUUGGCUCGGUCGGUCAGGCCGACGGCACGCCGAAAAUCACUCUGAGCGAGUUCACAGCGUCCAAAGAGCUCAUGGAGAAGGAACUGGAUGCCCGGGUCAAGAGAGGAGUCGGAAACGCCUGCGAGAACACAAGGGAGAUCCCAAACUGUACCAGCGUGUAGAAGCUGCGGUUUGUGUUCAGAGCGAGUGUCACAGUGUCCGGGCUUCUUCUCUAUUUCUGUUUUGUAAUUCUAAACACAACUGAUGUUAAUAGUUUUUCUAAAAGGCCUCAUUUAUACAGACUUGCAUGGAUGUCUCGUUGGGCAACAUCCAAUGCAGCGAUGGGAUCUCUGCUACGACGACGAGACUUUUGGGUUUCCGUGGAUGUAAACGCUCCAUUCAUUUGCUGAGGGAAUUAUCUUUUGUGGAUGAGUUCUGUACAUUUCCUGAGAUGUUUGCUUUGAAAAUCAUUUCUGCCUAAAUGUAGACUAUAUUGUCAGAGUCUUCAAUCAAACAGGGAAUAUUACUGAAAUGUAUAGUAUUAUCUUUUGUUCUGUUCCAUGUAAAUAUCCUUUCUACAUGCUCGUAGUCUUAUGGCGGCGGCGUGAGAUCUGACGGCCGUCUGUUUUUGAAGGUGUGUUUAAAACGUCAGACAUCGCUCACGGAGAAACAUUUUGCUUUGCUGACGUCCUUGACUUGUGCAUGUUCCUACUGAGGACACGGUUUCUGUGUUGUAGAUAAGCAAGUGUUGUAAAUAGUUCUUUUCUAAACAUUCGUCUAAGCCCAGUCGGUUCUGGCCAGGUUCUGUUCUGCCGUCAUCCUCUUCAGUUGCUGUUGAAACGGGUCGAUCUGCUAAUGUUCAGCUGCCGUUACCAGAUUUACUCUGCAAGCAAAACAUGGCGGAUCAACAUGAGGAGGAUUGUGUAUAAUAUAUUUAUAUUUUCAGUAGAAAUAUACUCGAGAUAACCAGACAUUUUAACUAGAUGAGUGUCCUUGAACCAAACAUUAAAAGCUUCUGGCAUCAUUGCCUCCA